AAAUCUGAAAACGUAGUAGUAGCCUUCAAAUUCAGGUGAGAGAAACACAAGUCCAGAGAGAAGAGAGAGAGAGAGAGAGAGAGAGAGAGAGAACAGUGUUUUUGGUUGCUGUUGUUGACUUGUCAAGUAGUUACGGCGAUUGGUGUCGGAAGAGAAAUCAAAAUGAUAAACAGAAGAAGCUCUUGUUCCUUCGCUCUCUUUAUCAGCUGUUCUACAGCGUCACCAGUCGAUUGCAGACUCCACAAAACUUGAAAUGCCACUCCAUAUUCUUCACCAGUUCUUGACUUGAGUGGUUCUUUACUUGUAUUAAUGGCGUUCAUCUCAAGCUAAGCUAGAGCUAAGAGCUUAGUUUGAUUUCUUAGUUUUUUUUUUUGGCUUUUUAAUGGCUCGGAAACUGAUGUUAUAGAAACGGCGGAGAUCAGGAGGGUUUUUUUUCUCUUUAUUGACAGCUUUGAUUCGUGGACGUUAGAAGAAAUGCAGCUUCUUUUGCAGUCUUGAGUUGGAUUUGAGAUCUACUGGUCUUGUUUUCACUUUUGGGUGAGUUUAGGACUCAUUUUUUGGGGGUGUGGAUGAUAAGAUAGGUUUUAGGUGGGAGAUUUUUCUUUUUUCCCCCUUUUUCUUGUUACUGGAGCUUAGAUUCGGCAAUGAACCGCAGCUUUAGGGCUUCGGAAUCACGAAUGAUGGCGUCUGUACAGCAGAGGCAGCCGGUGAGAAGGCUCGGGACGACGAUGAAAGAGAAGGAAGAGGAGCUCGCUUUGUUUCUCGAGAUGCGGAAACGCGAGAAGGAGCGGGAUAACCUUCUUCUUCAGAGCUCGGAAGAGUUCGAUGCUCCGCUGGGAUCUAAACCUGGCAAUUCUCCCAUGUUUAAGAUUGUCUCGCCGACACCUGCACGCAAGACCGGGGCUGAUGAUUUCCUGAAUUCAGAGAAUGAUAAAAAUGAUUAUGAUUGGCUUCUUACACCACCUGGUACUCCACUUUUUCCCUCUUUGGAGAUGGAAUCACAGAAGACAUUUAUGAGUCAGAUUGGAACUCCAAAAACGCGUCCCGCUUCAUUGAAAUCUAGGUUAGCAAAUUCUCAGACUGAGCCUGCACCAAGGGGCAAUUCAUUAUGCAGGCAACCGACUUCGUCGCCGGGGUUGAACUCUACUACUACAGUAAUUCGAAGGCCUUCCUCAUCUGGAGGAUCAGUUUCAACUGCAUCUAGAUCUCAAACACCGACUGGACGACCAACAUUAACAGCACCAGCUAAACCCUCAAGACCUUCCACACCUACUUCGCGGACCACCUUGCCUUCCUCUAAGUCCACAGCUCCUGCAAGAUCUUCAACUCCUACCACAAGAUCUGUGGCUAGAUCUUCUACACCAACAGCAAGACCCACUGUAUUAGCAUCAAAGCCCAUAUCAAGGUCAGCGACGCCAACUCGUAGAACACCAACUACAUCAAGUGUACCAAGGGUCUCUGCUCCUCCUGGGCGGUCUUCUUCAGUUACGAAAUCUGCUCCCACAACAGCAACAAAGCCAGUUCCAUCACGUGGCAGUUCUCCAACUGUAAAAUCCAGACCAUGGAAACCCUCAGAGAUGCCUGGAUUCUCACUCGAUGUUCCCCCAAAUCUGAGGACAUCACUACCUGAAAGGCCAGUUUCUGCCUCUAGGGGUAGGCCUGGAGCUCCCACUACUAGAUCAUCCUCUGUUGAGGCUGGUUCCAAUGGAAGAAUAAGAAGGCAAUCAUGUUCUCCUUCAAGGGGACGGACUCCAAAUGGUAGUAUCCAUAGCAGUGGAAGCUCAGUUCCUGCAGUGAGUCGAUCACCCUCCCAAAGUAGUGAUAAUGUGAGCCCUGUUGUAAUUGGAACGAAGAUGGUUGAGAGGGUAAUAAACAUGCGAAAACUGGCACCCCCAAAGCGAGAUGAUUCACACUCUAUCCAAAAUAACUCUGGAGGGAAGUCAACAUCAUCCCCAGAUAGCUCAGGCUUUGGAAGGACACUCUCCAAAAAAUCCUUGGAUAUGGCAAUGAGGCAUAUGGAUAUAAGGCGAAGCAUUCCAGGAAACUUACGCCCAUUAAUGACGAACAUCCCAGCUUCUUCUAUGUAUAGUGUUAGGUCAGGGACCACAAGAAGCAGGACAAUUAGUGUAUCAGAUUCUCCUCUUGCCACAAGCAGCAAUGCCAGUUCAGAGCAAAGCAUCAAUAACAUUGCCCUUUGCUUAGAUGUGAGUGAAAUAGAUGAUGAUUUUGGUAGUGAAAGAGGUGGUUGAUCUUCUCCUGCAAGUCACCAUGGUAGGUGAUUGUUUGGCAAUGGUUUUGUGCAGUGUCUGAAGGUACCCCCACCUUUUAUUUUUAGUUGGAAACUCAAACCUCUAGAAAGUGAAUUGUCUUCCAGAAUUUCUGACAGAAGACUUGCUUCUAUGGUUCCUGUAAAGGUUAACGGGUAGGUUCGCUGAUAAAUUAUGGUUUUCAUUGGCUUUUGUACUAUUAGGGAAGCUGUUCAGGUAUGACCUAUAGCUAUCUGGGUCAUCAUCCACGAUGAGGUACUGUGAAACCGUAUUUAUACAAAUUCUUAUGUUGUAACUGGAAAUCGGUAGUUCAGGUUUAUUUUUCA